UUUAUUACCACUGUAGGACGUCUCCACACGCAAUCCAAAUAUGUUCCACUUUACGAUUACAGUCAUUUAAAUCCUUGACUGCAGCGUGAACGCUAGCGAAUGGGUUUUGUGACUUUAACUACAGAGGGCUUCUAAGAAACGAAAAGGAUCCGUGUCGGUGUUCCACUGACAGAAGCUAUCUGGAAAUGAAUCAUUUACCUGAAGUUUAUGCUGACCUAUAAGAGGUCAAUUCGUGAUAUCACAGUUUGAUAGUGGUUCAUUGACGCAUGACCAUGUUUUAGUCGGAAUGGUAAUACUAUAAUGGAUUCCGCUUUCAGCUGAAAUUUGUUAUGACUUUGGAAACGGUCUUGUUGUUUUGUUUGUUUGAAAAACGAAGCCAUCGUUUGCCGCCUGGUGGAAGCCUUGUCGUCUUCUUUGUCGCUUUUCAUUCGCAGAAACUAUUCCAAUACGAAAACUAAUAUGGCCGGUGACCAACGGGUUGUUUUAGACACUAGAAGUUUUCUCCUUAGUAGAGCAAAACAAACCACUGAUACGAACCGGCGAAAGUUCACGGCAAACUUGCAAGGAAUUGUGGCAAAUCUACCACGUAUACGUUCUGCAAAGACCUGUACACCGCGUCAACGCCACCAACACCAUCGACGUGGAAUCACAACUCCCGAAGUGCAGUCUUCAUAUCAUGGGAUUACAGCACUAUUGGAACCCGUCUUUAGCAGUCUUGCAAGGAAAGUCGACAUCAAAUUGCUGCCUCAAAAGAGUAACAGGAAGGAUUCUACCCGUGCUACGGUUGAUGGAAGGCUGCCGAAAUUAACACAAGGAACUCCUUUACGCUUGCGCGUAGCUCUGCGCAAGUCAGAAAGCAGUUUCUUCUCCAAUUAUUGCCCUAAGGUAUCCUUUGCAAAGCCAAUACGUGAAGCCAAUGAUAAUUGCAAAUUGUGUGGUGGUGGGAUGCUUCAAAGGGUAGGCGAUGCCAGAUGCUGCAACAAAGUCAUUUGUCGGUGUUUCUGUCAGCGUUGUGACCUGGAAAGUGGAAGACAUUGUGUCACGAGCACAGUUCCGGGUCAAGGUCAACGUGCAGGUCACAUCACGCCACGUCAACGAAACAUCGCUACCGUCAAACAGAACUUCGUAUCUGACGCAAACAUCUAUUUUCCCUUCAAUGGGUACAGUCCACGGAGACCGCACACUAGGCAACAUGUUCAAAUGCUGGGAAACACGGUUAUAGCUCCGAAGACCGAGCUCAAACGUCAGAAAGAAGAUCUCAGACCACCGCCGGAAUAUGGUACGCUGGGGACGUUGGAGCUGCGGGCGCGGUUACCGGUGGUGGAAGAGGGGUCAGAGGUCCUGUUCAGGUCCACGGAUGACGGAUGGUACUAUUCAGGGACAGUGUCCAGGGACUGCACUGACUACAUGUACAUCAUCACCGACGGCUAUUGUCACCAGGAACAAGUGUGGCGGGAGGACAUUAUCAGCGACUCGGACCGGAAGUCACAAGUCACCAUUGGCCAAAAGGUUGUGACUCAACACCCAAGAUUUGCCUUCAGUUAUGCCCCAGGAGAGGUGGUGGCGAAAGAGAAAGGCAAGGUCAAGGUCAUACUGUAUGACGGGAAAACGACGGAAUGGACUUACGACUUUGCCCCUCUGACUAAAUGGAAAUAUGACCGCGAUGUCACGUUCAUUGCUAAGAUGAGAGAGCAAUGGCUUGGAGAGCCGGUUAUAGCAAGGAUUCCGUCUGGCACGUACGAGUUUGGUACCGUAUCCGAAUGUGUAAAUGGUCACCAAUACAAGGUCACCUGGACACCAAUGCAGGGUCGCUCUAACAGCAGUAUAGUGGACGUGAGGCACCUGUUUGGCUCCCUAACUCCUUACAGAGAGAUACAGAGAGACGGAUAUGUCCUGGCUCCCCUGGACUCGUGCUACCUACCAGCCAAGGUGACCGUCAAAAACGAAGGCAAGAUGAAGGUCGCUUUUGUCGAGAAUUCCGUAAGUGAAGUGGAAGAGAGUGACUGCUUCUGGAUCAGCCCGUCUUACUACUACGAUGCUGUUGCUGUGUAUUUCAACGCGAGGAUGAGAGAAGGAGAUUGCAGGAACACGGAGCGAUGAGGAAUGAAAUCUUCAGAGACAGAAGACCGAUGACAUUUGCGCGAACUCUACGUUUAAAACUUUCAUAUGAUGGGUCAUAGACAUUUAAUCAGUGUCCAACUGUUAUAUAAGCGUAUGACAGUAGUCGAGAUUGGGCAAGAUGAGGGCAAAUGUGGUACAACGUCGCGUUCAGGAAACUUGCACCUUUUUUGGCACGCAUGUGUGUGCGCGUGUGCUUCUGUUUGUGUGGCUGCUUGUACUUCCCUAGGCUCAUGCUGGUUUUAUAGUAAUAGCCCACUGAGAUACCGUGAUGUUUCACACAUAUAUACCACACUGCAAUGCCGAACACCAAGCUGGGAAACAUCAAGUACCUGGGUAUAACCUAUUUUAGUAUGAUACGGUUGGGGUUCGAACCACCGAUUUUCCGCUCUAUCCGGGCAGGACCUCUAUCCACUAGACUACGGAGGCGGUCUACAGUUGAAGAACAACGACGGUAGCACCUCACUGGCAGAAGAGGAUAAUUUGUAAAAAAAUCUGAGAAAUAAAUUCUUAAGUGAAAUAAACAUUUUUGUCUGUUA